GUGACCACCACUCCGUCCCCUUAAAAGGAAAACCAGCCUGGUUUCUGAGCUCCAUCCCAAUCCAACAACUGCCCCCCCCUUCUCGCCGUGAGAAUGAAUGCUCCCCCUGCUGGUCUUGGCCCCACUCCCUCCUCCCUCCACCACCUCCCUCUCCCUUCCAUUCCAUGACCACCUCCCUUUUUCUGCAGUUGUUGCUACUUUGGUCACGCAUUGGACAUGGACCUUGGAGGUGUAGUGAGGAUGGCUGGGUUAGGAGGAGGAGGAGGAGGAGGAGUAGGUGCUUCCUCAGAGGGUGGCAGCCUUCUGUCUUGUCUCCUGACCAACUCCAGCACGGAAGCCUGCAAGCCGAAGGGGUUGCUUGGGCGUGAAGCCUUUCACAGGCUGGGGAGGGCUGCUGAGACUCCUCAUGAGCACUGUGAUUGGAGAGCCCUCAAGAUGGCCAGGACUGCGGCAACGGUGGCAGAACCCCAUUUUCUUCUCCCUGACGGGGGGCAAAUGCUCAGCUUCUCGUCGACUUCCAAGCAGGAUAGUUUUGUGCUCAAAUGCGAUGGGUCAAUGCCUUCUUACUACUCUACUCCAGCAACAUCUUCUCCAAAACCUUUCCUUUGGAACCCAGGUCCAUAUUCUGGGAGCCAUGACGUGAAUAUGAAUGGAGUUUUAGCAAGAGUAAGAAGGCCCUUCACUCCAUCUCAGUGGUUGGAGCUAGAACACCAGGUCUUGGUUUACAAAUACAUUGAUGCAAGAGUACCUAUACCACCAAGUCUACUCACCCCUAUCAGUAGAAGCCUCAGCUCCUCUGCAUUCCCUCACUUCUCACCUGGAUCUUUUGGUUCAAGUGCAUUUUGUUCCUUAACUUUUGCAGUGGGGUGGGGAUCAUUCUACUCCGGAUAUGCUGGAAAUGCUGAUCCAGAGCCUGGUAGAUGCCGGCGAACUGAUGGGAAAAAAUGGCGGUGCUCAAGGGAUGCAGUUGCCGACCAAAAGUACUGUGAACGUCAUAUGAACCGCGGCCGCCACCGUUCAAGAAAGCAUGUGGAAGGCCAAUCUGGCCAUGCCGCGGAAGCAAAGCCUGCUGUUACACCUUCACAGCUAGCUACAGCAGUCUCUGGUGGUGGUGGGUCGUCCAGGGUUGCACAAACACUGAGUAGAUUCACCAAGUCCACUGUUGGUGAAGCUUGCCCUGCACCAUUCAACAUGAUGUCGCUGAGCAAAGAAAAUGCAAUUGAGAAAGGACAAGAUCUUGUGAGUCUUUCUACUAAGCCAAAGUCAGUGACAUCAAUGGAUAUCACGGAACAACUCAAUGCAGAUUUUCAACCUGUUUCCACAUGUACUCGUUUCAAUUCAUGUAGUUCUUUCUCUGAUAACAACCUUUGCCCCACUUUGAAGCUUGAAGCCCUACAUCCCCAACCCUAUUCUCUUCACCACUUUAUUGAUGACUGGCCCAAAACCCAAUCUGAUCAAUCAACUGUUACAUGGCCUGAGAUCGAAGACUUGCAAUCUGAAAGAACUAAACUCUCCAUGUCAAUACCCAUGGCUUCCUCAAAAUUCUCAUCCUCUGCUUCACCGAACAACAAAAAUGUUACAUUCUCACCCCUUAAGCUGUCCCGGGAAUAUGAUCUUCCUCGUGAGGAUUCACAGAUGUCCAUGUUAACUGAAGUGAACCAAAGGAAAGCAAGUUGGAUACCAAUCCACUGGGAAGUCUCCAUGGGUGGACCACUGGGCGAGGCCCUUACAAACACCAACAGCAAGCUGAAGGAUCAAAGCAAGAAUUCAUCAUCAUCACUGAACCUCAUGAAUGAAGGCUGGGACUUGGGCACCCAGAUGGAUUCCUCUCCAUCGGGUGUUCUGCAAAGAACCUCAUUUGGCUCCCUUAGCAGCAGCACAGGGAGUAGCCCAAGGGCAGAGAACAAAAAGACUAACCGAAGCACCGGGAGUUUGUGUGAUGAAUUGUUGGCCCAUCCGUUGUAGGUCCUUCCGACCGUCACUUGACGGAUAAGAUCUCAAUCUGAGCUGCAAUUCUGAAAAAUGAGCAGUGGAGGUAGGAAAUUACAAGUGUAUGCAGUGUUUACUUAAAUGCACCAUGGAAGUUGACAAGCCUUGAAAAACUUGAUUUGGUUAUGUGGUACAAUUUAUGUUUCCUUUCCCUUUCUACUGUGAUCCUUGUCAGUGAAGAGUAUUUAGAUGGCUCCAAGAUUUGCAUUUUAUUAAACUGGAGCCGGGCUAAUUAGCUUGUAAUAUUGGUGGAUCUAUAAUUUGACAAGUAGUGCCGUGUGAAACUUAAACCUUUAUUCAAGGGAUUGCAGUAUUUGUAGUGUA